AUGAAACUAAAAAGUAUAGAGUGAGUGUGUUUGUGUUCUGUAGUAUGUAAACUGGGUUUAUGCAUAGCAGUUUAAUGUGCUCAGUUUGCCUAGAAUUUUAGUCAUUUUUAAAUUGUGGACAUCAGUUUAUCAUGCUUAUUGUUAAUAUAUUUUGAUAUAACACACAAGGGAACAAAAAGACUUCAGGGAAAAAGAAAACAUGCAGAAUCUGUGGGCUACAAAUGGGAGAACAGAGCAGUGCUGUUGGGAGCACAGACGGAGACUGGAGUUGUUCUGCCAGGAAGAUGAGGCCUUUGUUUGUGUCCUGUGUGUUCCUAGACAUUCCUGCCACAACUUUGUGUUACUGCAUGAGGUAGCCAGUGUGUAUAAGGACGAAAUCAAAGUAUCCUUAUCAGUUCUUGAAUCCAAAGCUAAUGAUUUCAGUAACUUAGUAAACAAGAAAGAAAAGGAACUUGGAGACCUACAGGAUAGUUUGGAACAGUGCAUUAUACAAGAGUUUGCAAAACUGCACCAGUUUCUUCAUGAAAAGGAACAAAAACUAAUCCAACAGCUUAAGGAUGAAGAAGCAGAAAUUUUGAAAGACAUGGAAAAAAGCAUUGAAAGCAUAACAAAUGAGGUGGCUACCCAUGUGACAGUGUCUGACGUAAACUUGGAGCUCCGGAAAAAAGUCAUAGGAAUUCUAAAAGAAAAGGAAGAAAGUGCUGAAUGCCUUAAAAAUUCUGUUGUGGCCAUUCAGGAAGUGAUGUCCAAGGAUAUGUCAGAACCUGUCAGUCAGAAAACUACUUGUUUUCUACCAGCACCAGAAACAUUUGAGGAUGUUGCUGUCACUUUUUCAGAAGAGGAGUGGAAGAUGUUAAGAAAACAAGACAAGGAGCUACACAAGGAAGUGAUGGUGCAGAACUAUGAAAGCUUGGUAUCAGUAGGAUACAAAAUCCUCCCAGAAAAAUUAUUACUGCUACUUAAACAAGAUUAUGAUGAACAGCCAAAGUGUGAUAUGGACGGAAAAAAUAUCACAAAACAAAAUGGUAAUCAAGAAGGUGAAUUCAGCAGUAUUGAAAGCAUGGAGUGGCAUGAAAGUUCCAGUCUUCAGCCUUCACUUGAGGGGCCCCAGUUACCUCACUUAGCAGAGAACCUGCAACAGUGUGCUGAGUCUGAACAGGAAAGUGCCAAACAUCAUGUCGUGGCUGUACCACAGCUUCACUCAGAAUGUAACUGCAGCCAGAGCUGUGGAUGUAGCACAAAUCAUAGUGUCCAUGUAGGGAAGAAAGUAUAUACCGGUGCUGAAUGCAUCAAGUGGCUUUCACAUAGCAGUAAUCUGAUACACCGUCAGAUCAUUUACAAAGGCAAUCCCUCUCCUGGGGUCCAGUCUUAUGAUAUGAAGGUCCUUAAACAUGUGAAGAAAUUAAAGAGUGGUAAACCUUAUAAAUGUGAAGAAUGCAGUAAAUGUUUUUCACAGAGCACUCAACUAAUACACCAUCAAACUAUUCAUACAGGUGAGAAAUUAUAUAAAUGUACUGAAUGCAGCAAGUGUUUCACUCAAAAAUAUCAUCUAAAACGCCAUCAGAAGUCACACAGAGGAGAGAAACCAUAUAAAUGUGCUGAAUGCAAUAAAUGUUUUCCACGUCUUAGUAGCCUACAACUGCAUCAUGCCAUUCACACAGGUACAAAACCAUACAUUUGUAUGGACUGUGGUAAGUGUUUCACACAAAAUACGCAUCUAAAACAGCAUCAGCACACACACAGAGAGGAAACACCAUAUCAAUGUGCUGAAUGCAGUAAAUAUUUUACAUGUCUUAGUAGCCUUCAGCGGCAUUGUGUCAUUCACACAGGUGAAAAACCAUACUCUUGUAUGGAAUGUGGGAAGUGUUUCACACAAAAGGGAGUUCUAAAACGCCAUCAGAACUCGCACAGAGGGGAGAAACCAUAUAAAUGCGAAGAAUGCAGUAAAUGUUUUACACGUCUUAGUAGCCUUCAGCGGCAUCAUAUCAUUCAUUCAGAUAAGAAACCGUACAAUUGUACUGAAUGCAGUAAGUGUUUUAUAACAAAGGGACAACUAACUGCUCAUCAGUACUCUCACUCGGGGGAGAAGCCAUAUAAAUGUGUUGAAUGCAAUAAAGGUUUCACAUAUAAGAAGUCAUUAAAAUGCCAUCAGGACUUGCACGAAGGGCAGAAACCAUAUAAAUGUGUAGAAUGCAAUAAGUGUUUUACACUUCUCAGUAGCCUGCAGCUGCAUUGUAUCAUUCACUCAGACAAGAAACCAUACAGUUGUACUGAAUGCAAUAAGUGUUUUAAUAGAAAGGGACAACUAACUAUUCAUCAGUUUUCUCAUUCAGGGGAGAAGCCAUAUAAAUGUGUUGAAUGCAGUAAAGGUUUCACAUGUAAGAGGUCAUUAAAAUACCAUAUGAACUCUCAUACUAAGGACUUGCAACAUCUUGAGUUAAUAAUGGAAAAAAAUACUGCAGAAUACAAUAUUUUAAAUGGCAGAAGAUUUGAUUACCGUGGAAGUCCACUGGGCUCUGAGUGCCCAUUUGCAGUGGAAGCACUGGGAGAAAAGCUCCAUAAUGCAGAUUACAGUAAAGAAAAACAGUCUAGAAUCAAGGUGUUGAGAGUACAGGUGCCAGAAACAUUUGAGGAUGUUGCUGUCACUUUCACAGAAGAAGAGUGGAAGAUGUUAAGAAAACAAGACAAGAAGCUUCACAGGGAAGUGAUGGUACAGAACUAUGAAACCUUGAUUUCCGUAGGGUACGACAUUCCCCCAGAGAAAUUAUUAAUGCUGCUUAAAGAACAUUAUGAUAAACCGCCGAACAAUGACGUGGCGAUGAAUAUGCAGGGAAGGAAUACAACGGAACAGAAGAAUAAUCAUGACUGUAACCUCAACAGUAUCAGAAGCACAGAGAGUCUUGUGAGCUAUAAUCAGCAGCUGUCACUUAGAACACUCCAGUUACAUAAGCCUAUAGAGAGCCUGCACCAAUUUGUUCAGUCUGGGAAAGGCUGCAACAAGCCUCCUCUCACUCCUGUAUCGCAGCUCAACUCAGGAGAGAACUGCAGCAAAAGUUCUGAAAGUGACCAUGAACCAUCUCAGUUAGAUCAUCUACAGGAGAAUCUAAAGCAGUAUGCUGAGCUUGGGAACUACUGCUAUAAGCUUUAUAUCACAACUGUACCACAGCACCCCUCAGGAUAUAACUAUAACAAAAACCAUAAAUUUGAGAAUGGAACACCUCAGUUGCAACAUCCUUUAGCUGGCGUACAGCAGGAUACUCAGCUUGUAAAGGACACUGGUGAACUUCAUCCUAAUCAUAAAUCACCGAACCACUUGGGACAUAAUGAGAGCAAGAGUUCUGAAUGUGACUCUGACAUUAUUCGACAUCAAAAUCCAGUAAUGCAUCAAACAUCUCACACAAAAGAGAAACCACAUAAGUGUCCCAAAUGUAGCAAGUGUUUUUCACGGAACAGUAAUAUGUUACGUCAUCUGAACAUUCACACGAGGACAAAACAGUAUAAAUGUGCUGAAUGCAAUGAGUUAUUUGCACAGAAGGGAGAUCUAGUAAAACAUCAGAAGUGUCACGUUUUUGAAAAACCAUACAAAUGCCCUGAAUGCAGUAAGUGUUACAGAGGAAAGAGCGGGCUGCUGUACCAUCAAAAGACGCACACAGGGGAGAAGCCAUUUAAAUGUACCGAAUGCACUAUGUGCUUUUCACGUAGUAGUACUUUGGUGCGCCAUCAGGCCGUUCACACGGGUGAAAAGCCAUUCAAGUGCCCAGAGUGUAGCAAGUGCUUUUCUCGUAGCAGUAAUUUGGCGCUACACCAAACAGUUCACACUGGGGAGAAGCCAUAUAAAUGCCCUGAAUGUAAUAUGCGUUAUAGACAAAAGACUAGUCUCGUCUACCACCAAAAGAUUCACACGGCACAGGCAGUGAUACAACACGAUGGAUCACUAGGUGCCCAGAUAGAAGAGCAGUGGGUGGAGCAUGAUGCAUCAGAAGACGAUAUGCUACACGGCAGUUGUCUGAAGCAUUCUGUUGAAAAAUAUAAUGAAACUCCAGUUGAAGUGUCAGAGCAGGGAAGGAGCAGGAAACUGGCAAAUCUACCACAAACAAGAACUUCCAAAGAGAGGCACAUGGUGAAUUUACUCCUGCCUGAUAUGAAUCAGGGCUCCCAGAGACUGAAACUGCAGUAUAUACAACAGGAAACAAACUGCAGGGGGAAAGAAGAGAUGCAGAAUAUGUGUACUACAAAUGGGAGAACAGAACAGUGUUGUGGAGAGCACAGACGGAGACUGGAGUUGUUCUGCCAGGAAGAUGAGGCCUUUGUUUGUGUCCUGUGUGUUCCUAAACAUUCCUGCCACAGGUUUGUGUUACUGAGUGAGGUUGCCAGUGUGUAUAAGAGCAAGUUAAAAACAGCCUUUUCAUAUCUGGAGCUCAAAGUCUGUGAUCUUAAAAAUUUACAAGGCAAGAAUGAGAAGGAACUUGUAGACAUACAAGAUCAUGCUUGCAGCUUGGAACAAUUCAUUACUGAAGAAUUUGCAAAGCUGCACCAGUUUCUGAAUGACAAAGAACAAAAACUAAUCCAACAGCUUAAGAAUGAAGAAGCAAAAAUUCUGAAAGAGAUAGAAGAAAGUCUUGAAUGUAUUAAAAAAUGUGUUAUGGUUACCCAAGAAACUAUGCCUGAUGACAAGUCGGGGGUUAUAAAACAGGAACCUGUUGAUUUUCUUACAGUUCCAGAGACCUUUGAGGAUGUUGCUGUCACUUUCACUGAAGAAGAGUGGAAGAAGUUAAGAAAACAAGAGAAGGAAUUGCACAGGGAGGUGAUGGUACAGAACUAUGAGACCUUGGUUUCAUUGGGAUACAAAAUCCCCCAAGAGAAAUUAUUAUUGCUACUUAAAGCAGAUAAUGAUGAUGAAGUGCCAGAUGGUGAUGUGGAGGAGAAAAAUACCACAGAACAGAAGGAUAGUUUUGAAGAUAAGCUCAACAGUAUCAGAAACGCCGAAUACAGUGUGAGUUCCAGUAAGCAGCCAUUACUUGGGACACCUCCAUUACAUCAUCCGUCAGAGAACCUGCAACAGUGUGUACAUCCUGUGAAGGGCUCCAACAAGCUUCAUCUCCCUCCAGUGCAACAGCUUCCAUCAGCUCCUAACUGCAGCAAAAAUUCUGAGUGUGACAAUGGAACCCCUCAGUUACAUCAUCCAACAGAGAAUCUACAACAUUGUACUCGGUCUGUGAAGGGCUCUGACAGACUUCCUGUCCUUUCUGUACCGCUGCUUCACUCAGGAAAUAAAUGGAGUAAGCGCUUGGAAUGUGCUAAACGUCUUACUGCUCAGAAAAGUCUAGUAACACACACUGGGAACAAAACGUAUAAAUGUGAUGAAUGCAGUAAGUGUUUUAACAGCCAAAGUCAAUUAUUAAGCCAUCAGCUGUUACACUCUGGUGAGAAACUAUAUAAAUGUACUGAGUGUAAUAAGUCUUUUACAACCCAACAAAGCCUAGGACGUCAGCAGGAUGUUCACAGUGGUGAAAAAAUAAAUAAAUGUACUGAAUGUGAUAAGGGUCUUACCAAUCACGGAGGCUUAGUAGGUCCUCAGGCCACUCCCACAGGGCAGAAUCGGUAUCAAUGUACUGUAUGCAGUAAGUGUUUCACUAGUAGAGGGGGACUAGCAUACCAUCAGGCCAUUCACACUGGAGAGAAUCGUUAUCAAUGUACUAAAUGCAAUAAGUGUUUUGCUAGUAGAACAGGAUUAGUCUAUCAUCAGACCACUCACUCAGAGAAACAGUUUCAGUGUACUGAAUGCAAUAAAUGUUUUACACACAACUCUAAUUUAAUACUUCAUAAAAUUAUUCACACCGGCAAGAAACCUUAUAAAUGUGACGAAUGCAGCAAGUGUUAUACUCAUAGAAGCAAUUUAGUAUAUCACCAGAAGACUCACACAGGCGAAAAACCAUAUAAGUGUACUGAAUGUAGUAAGAGUUUUACACUGCAGUUUACACUUAGAACUCAUCAACGAAUUCACACUGGGGAGAAACCAUAUAAAUGCCUUGAAUGUGGAGAGUGUUUUACACAGCAUACAAACCUGAAACGGCACCAAGCCAAGCACACAGGGGAGAGACCUUAUAAGUGCACAGAAUGCAGUAAAUGUUUUGUGUGUCGUAGCCAUCUGGUGCGCCACCAGGCCAUUCACACAGGGGCAAAGCCAUAUAAGUGCACUGAAUGCAGUAAAAGUUUUUCAUGUAGCAGUAAUUUGAUGCGCCACCAUGCCAUCCACACAGGGGAGAAGCCAUUUAAAUGCAAGGAGUGCAGUAAAUGUUUUAGACAGAAAAGUAAUCUAAUAAGUCAUCAGAAGAUUCACCUGAUUUAAGAACAAUAAUUCAUUUCAAUAAAUGUGUGAAACAUGCGUCAUGAAAACAUAAAAAUCAGCCUUAUGAAAAUAGAAAGAACAAGAAAGCUUGUCCACUACCUAACAUAUCUGGCUUGAAUAAACUUUUUGCAAAAAUUUCUGGAAAGUGUCUUAUUCCUCCUGCUGACAGGAGAUUAAAAGAGUUCUCCUGGAUCGAAGAGCUAAGGUGAUAUCUUCAGGACUUGAUCUUGGUACUCUUUUAUGGAUGAAGAUAGUGAAAACCUGGAAAAAAUGUAACAAGUAAAUAUCGUGUAAUCUAAAAAAAUAAGCAACACAUAUGAACAAAAAGUAAAUAAACAGUAGGGAACACUUCAGUAAACUGAAGCUAGUAUUGAAAAAUGUGCUGUCAUCCAAGGUCAUUGUUCGGGCUAUAAAAUAAUCUUGUCCUUCCUGUUGUAUCAUAUUUCUUUGCCAUGAUCAACUAGCUGCAGGAAAUGCUAUUUGAGUUGGGAAGAAAAACACAAGGUGACUGUUUGCAUUGAUCAGCCGAUGUGAGUAUAUGGAAAGACUGGGCAUUGUGGUUUGGGGGAGGUAUAGGUUUCCUCAAAAACUGAUUAUAUGUAGAAGUCUACAGUUUUUGGACUGGGCAUAAAUGCGCACACACUCUUCUGACAUCCUGAGAUCUAAAUAUAGUAAAUGUAUUGAAGCAGAAAGAAAAAUAUAAUAAUGGCAUUCAUUUUCAGGUUAGCAUUAAGUAUUUCAGAAGGAAGUCAAUAAGGAAAUAAAAACAGAAGUAGACAAA